AUGCAAGCUAUAAGGUCUCUGUUUUUCCCCAAAUGGUCAUCUGAUGUGCGUUUGGAUGGGAAGACGGCUGUCAUAACCGGUGCCAACACAGGAAUAGGCAAAGAGACGGCAAAGGAUCUGGCUGCUAGAGGUGCAAGAGUGAUUCUGGCUUGCAGGGACAUGGCAAAGGGAGAGCAAGCGGCCCGAGACAUCAUGAGGGAGGUGUCAUGUGCCAAAGUUGUCGCCAGGCAUUUGGACCUGGCCGACACCAAAUCCAUUUGCCAGUUUGCCGAGAAUAUCUACAACACGGAGAAAGGUCUGCACUACUUGAUUAACAACGCCGGUGUGGCUAUUUGUCCUUACUCUACCACUGUGGACGGAUUUGAGACGCAGUUUGGAGUCAAUCACUUGGGUCAUUUUUUCCUCACUUUCCUACUACUGGACUUGCUCAAGCACUCAGCCCCUUCCCGAGUCAUCACCCUUUCCUCGACCGCUCACACCAUGGGCAGGAUCAAUUUUGAAGACCUGGGUGGUGAGAAAAACUACCACCCUGUGCGGGCUUAUGCUCAGAGCAAGUUGGCGAACGUUCUAUUUACCAGAGAGCUGGCCAAGAGGACCGAGGAUUUGGGAGUAAUGGCUUUCUCUGUGGACCCUGGUGCCGUCAACACUGAGAUAACCAGACAUAUGAGGUGGCCCAUGGCAGACGUCAUCAAAACGUUUUCCACUCUGAUUAAGACUUCAGCAGAGGGCGCCUACACCACCAUCUACUGCGUGGUCACUCCUGAGAACGAGAUGCAUAAUGGGGGGCACUACAAGGACUGUGCUUAUUCCAAGAGCUGCUGGGCGGGCCGAGAUGAUGGCACUGCUUUAAAGCUGUGGGCUGCCAGCUGCCACCUGCUGGGAAUCCGUUGGAGAUGA